AUGUCAUUUUCGGGCACACCUUUAGGUCAAGGCAGGCGUCUCGAUCAUAGUACUUUUCUCGGUAAACCCCCAUCGAACGGGAGCACACAACCAUCCUACGCAUACGGCGCACCAGCGCUCGGUUCUAGAUCCCCUCCGAAACCUGUAUCUCCCUCUCGGGACAGAAGUAGGGCUCUCGACUCGGAAUCAGGGCACGAAGACAACGAACCCGCCCUACAACGCUUUGCUCGGCUUAAACAGCGAGAAUCAGCGACUGGCAUUAUCUCACGUCCAGGCGGCCCAAAAACAACCACAGAAUCUCUCAAACCAGACAAGUGGCCCUAUAAGGACACAUCCGUCAACAUUGCCAACGCCUUUGUCCAGGCAGCAAGCGGUGCUGACAUGUCUUCGUCAUAUACCAAUCCCCACAACGCAUCAUGGGCUUCAUCCCGGGGUGAUAAGGCCCCCCUUCCGCGCAGUACAUCGGAAGACUAUGAAAACCAUGUCCACCAUGCCAACAAAAGACUCGCUCCCCCUCCAGAUAAACUCGGACGUGCACCUACUACUACCAGAAAACCCCCCUCAAAGGCCGGUUCAUCCUUGCACGUGCCAGAUUCUGAGGAGGAAGCCAAUACAUCUGGUCGGGCAAAAAGUCCUCUACUGGAACACGGCCUAUCCUUCGCUAAACAGGCGUUAGGAGCUGCUGCGUUUUACGUUCGACAACAAUCUCGCGAACCAGAGAACCUGUCAAACGAACAUCCACCCCCCAAUCCUGGAAAUGGUGCCACGAAUACCAAUGGCAACGAUUCCAGUUAUGACUAUGCUGCAGAGGAGCAGGACUUCCAAGCGUCGAAACGUAACGCGCCCAAACGUGGUCGUAUAUCAGUCGACAAUAAGGCAUACAAACCAUCAUUAUCGGAUGAUGAGUACUCAGAAUAUUCAGACGAUGAUGGAAAGAAAAGAAGAAAGAGGAAGUCGAAGAAAGGUCCAAGCGGAGGCCCAUUAACCACACUUCCUGUUGUAGCGGCCGACAAGAGAAGGAGGAGAAAAGGUCAAGGCUCCAAGCCCAAUGCCGGAGGUCAAGACGAAUCUGAAAGCGAUAGUGAUGAGAAUACUCAAACAGAAAGCGUAUUGCAAUCUGCCCAGCAGCGCGCAUCAUUAACACGAACAUCAAAUCCCCCUGUGUCACGAGGAUCAGUUUCACGGUUGUCUCAAGAACCUCCAGAGUAUAAUGGGGAUGAUUCGUUAAUUUCAGCCAAUCAAGGUCUGGAAUCAAUACCAGAGAUCGACGAGAAUGCUUUGCCUACAGAACCUAUACGACAAUCUUCGCAACCACGACGAGGAAGAUCACGGACGCCGGCACCGCAUGCUAUUCCACGGUCUUUUUCUGUGGGAGGUCUGCUUGGUACCAUCGUUCAUAUUUUCAUUAAAUUAUCACUGUGGAUUGUUUCUGGCGUUCUUUCUGCUCUCAACAUGCUUUCUUUCCUUUUUGGUCAAGUUUUUGGCACAACGUUCGACAUUGUCCUACGGCGGCCCAUAGGAUGGGCAUGGAGUGUGAGCCAUCUUGGAAAAUACGUGAUACCCGGCCUGGUUAUGGUCUCUGCAUGGUAUAUCCUUCAAAAUGAUCCUUUAUCUUCGUAUCUGCCCAGCCUCUCCUUCCCUUCGCGCACACCCAUUGCCCCGCCCCCAUCAAACGUUGUCGAUCUCGCCAAUCGGAUUCUUCGUUUAGACACGCUAAUGCUCGAAAUUUCCAACGAACUCAAGGGAAUUAAGCACAAGGUGGAUGACAGUGUCAAGAGACAGGCGGAAAUAUUGGGCAGCCUCAGUAUAACGGAAGACCGUCUUUCCUCGAAAGUAAAGAACGUCGCGGACUCGGACGCCAAAGCGAGGGAGGAUGUUACGAGGACAAUUCGUGGGGUCCAACAGCACGUAGAAGUUCUUCAGUCGCAACUUGUCAUCCAGCAAAAGUUGCACGAAAAGGAAAAGGAACAAAGAACUUCGGCGGCAAGCGGUAGUGAUGAAGAUGCGAGGGCGCAGAUCAGGAUUCUGGAGGAGAAACUUGCUAAUGUGCAAGGAAGCAUUCAGGAAGCUCUUGAACUUGGCAAGAAAGCAAUCGCUGCUGUCCCCGUCGCAGUACCUGCUGCACAAUCAGGCCCUGCUUGGUGGAACAAGAUUACUCAUGGGUCUGAUUCCAAGUCGACUUUACAAAUCAAAUCUGCAGACGGGCAGGACGUCACUGGAUUGGUCUCGCAGAUGGUCGACUCUGCAGUGUCGAGGAUGAGCAAGGACACUGUAGCCAAGGCUGAUUAUGCCUUGUUCUCCGGCGGAGCUGUCGUUAUUCCUCGCUUGACAUCACCUCUUAUGGAGAUCAGACCACGCGGCCUCUCGAGCAAAAUAUUCGGUCUUUUCAGCGGUGGUGCGACAUAUGUGUCCCGGCCGCCUACUAAGGCUCUUCAUCCAGAUAUGCAUAAUGGACAAUGUUGGCCUUUCGCCGGUACCCAUGGCCGUCUGGGAGUUGCACUGGCUUUCCCAAUACACAUCGAAGAGUUUACAAUCGACCAUAUCGCGAAGGAAUUGGCGUAUGAGAUGCUUGCUGCACCGAGGGACAUGGAGGUUUGGGGUAUGGUGGAAGGCAAGGAGAAUGUUGAACGUGUCAGCGCUUGGAAAGCUGAUCGCGCAGCUCGUGCGGAAGCAGGCGAAGAGGAAUCGGUACAUGACAGUAUUCCAUACCCCUCAGAACUACCCAAGAACCCUGAAUUCGUGCGCCUGGCUAACUUCACGUACGACAUCAAUGCCCCGAGCAAUGUGCAGACGUUCUCUGUGGACCCGGAAAUCAAGGAACUUGGUAUUGAUGUUGGAAUUGUAGUUCUUCGGGUGCUCAAUAACUGGGGAAGGGACGAGUUUACCUGUCUCUACCGAUUCCGUGUGCAUGGAGAGCGCAUAGGACCAGCUAUUCCUAAGCCUCUGUUAGAGAAUUCAUAA